AUGAAAGUAAGGAAAAACUCAUAAAGUGGGAAAGUUAGCGAAAGAAGCAGCAGAAGAUAACUGGAAAAUGAAUAGUUGGUUAAAAAACCUGAUUUUUUGAAAGCAGCAACUCUUGGAUAAAUAUUUGUAGUUUGUACUCAACAAUUGGGAGGAUUAGAGGAUGGUAAUCCAAAUUAAUAUUCUUAAGGAAAAAUCACGAAGUUACAAUUUAGAAAGUUUCUGAUGACUGAAUAGAUUUGCUUUGUUUUCAAUUUAAUGGGUUUGGGAUUGAGUGUUAUGCAAUAUGAUUUAGAAUUUGAAGAAGAGAACGAGGAUAUUUCAAAUUGUUUAUUAUGGAUCAUAUUUAUCUCUACAUUGGUUUUAUUAGUUUUAACUGUCUUGCGUUAUUAAUAACACAUGAAUUGGUUGAAAUCAAGAAAACAAAUUAGUUAAAAUGAUAGAAUAUGGCAAACUGAACAAUGGUAUCCAAUGCUCAUAGAAUUGAUAAUUUAUUGUGUAGUUCCUUUUCCUUUCACGAUUGGGAUGAGAGUGUACUUUUACAAUAGUUUUCAAGAUGCAACUGCCUACUAUCAUGUUAAUGAAAUACUUGCUCUAUUUAUGAUAACCAGAACUGUGUUUAUCUUUAGAACUAUUUUGGCUUAGACAUUUUGGUACAGCAACAGAACUCAAAGAGUAUGCAAUCUUUACGCAUGCGAAGGUAAUUAUAUGUUUGUGGCCAAAUCAUUAAUGAGAACCUCUCCAUAUACUUCAUAAUUCAUAGCUCUAGUGUCUUUGAUUGGCAUAUUUGGUUAUGGAGUCAGAAUAUGCGAGAACCCAUUAGCUAGGAAUGACCCUGCAAAUAAUAAUUUAGGUAGAUAUGCUAAUGCUUUAUGGAAUAUUAUCAUUACAAUCACUACAGUGGGAUAUGGAGAUUUCUAUACAAGAACAGAUUUAGGAAGAUUUGUUAUCUUCGUUGUUUGUAUUUUAGGAAUAUUUGUAAUUUCUGUUAUGGUUGUCACUCUUAUUAACUCCUUGGUAAUUUCAACUUUAGAAUCCCAUGCAAUUACUGUAUUGGAAAGAAUUCAAUUAAGGUAGAAUUUAGUUUCAUCAGCCUCUUGGGUGGUGUUCUACUCACUUAAAAUCUAUGUUGCACUCAAAAAGGGAAAUCUGAGUAAAGUCUAGCUCAAAAUAUUACUGAUUAAAUUAAGGAAGAAUCUGAAUGAUUUCAAAAUUUCAAGGAGAAAAUAUAGGAAUAAACAAGAUGUAGGGAAUAUGAAUGAAGAAAUUACUAACUAAUUUAGUCUCUAAAAAUCAGAUUUUAGUGAAGUCAUUGAAAAGUAGAAAGGAUUAUUAUAAUAAAAUUAAGACAUCAUGAAUAAAUUAGGAGUAGAAGCUAAACCAUACAUAUCAAGUCCCUAAUUGUGA